AACCACACUAUCCACCUGAAGGACGUUCUGACCUCCGAGACAGUGCGAUUGGAUGUAGAGAUCGUCUGUGAAUGCGACUGCGAGCGACCCGAGCUCGUGCAGACCAACAGCCCCAAGUGCAGCGGCGUGGGCGCACUGCAGUGCGGCGUCUGCGACUGCCCCGAUGGAAGGGCCGGCUGGAGCUGCGAGUGCUCCGAGACUCUGAGCGGACAGUCGUGCCUGCCUGACAACUCGACCAGCGGACCCGAGUGUUCCGGACGCGGCGAGUGCGUCUGCGGCAAGUGCGAGUGCCACGCGGGCAGCACGUUCAACAUCACGGGCCAGUUCUGCCAGUGCGACAGCAGACUAUGCGACAGGGCUCCGAACGGCCUCAUCUGCGGCGGCGAGCAGCACGGUCGGUGCGAGUGCAACCAGUGCGUCUGCCGCCCCGGCUGGACGGGAGACGACUGCUACUGCAGCAACGACACGCGCAACUGUGUGCCGCCCGGCUCCAGCACCGACCUCGUGUGCAACGGCAAGGGCGACUGCGUGUGCGGCCGCUGUCACUGUGUCAGCACUGACGAGGGCAGGUACGCCGGCCUGUUCUGCGAGGACUGUCCGACGUGCCGUGGUCUGUGCCGCACCUAUCAGCCGUGCGUCGAAUGUCGGCUGCACACCAAGGCCGGCACUGGCCACAACUGCUCCAGCUGCCCCGAGACCGACACGCACGAGAUCACCCUCACGGACCGGCUGGCUUCGCCUGAAGAUGGCACCAUGUGCCGAUUCCAGGAUGCACUGGAUGGAUGCUUCUACCAGUUCCAAUACUACUCGGACGAACGUGGUAUCACCGUUAUCAACGUUAUUAAAUCCAAGGAGUGCUACGAGGUGGAUGUGCUGGCUAUCGUGCUCAGCACGGUCGGAUCGGUGGUGGCCAUCGGCGUCAUCACACUGCUGCUGUGGCGCCUCUACACCUACCUAGCCGACCGGCGCGAGUACGCCAAGUUCGAGCUCGAGGUCAAGGCGAUGAACGAGGCUGACUCGGGCAUGGAAAAUGAGCUCUACCGUAACCCGGUCACCAGGUACAGGGUGCCCGAGGGCGUGAUGGCCAAACUGGAGGAGGAGGAUUGAGGCCUCCGACACAGAUUGUGGCGCGGCCAGUAGUGAGGCGAGGAGCGGCGACAGGCGGCUGGUGACGACUGGUGUGCCGUGACUGUACUUGGACCCACAGUGUUAGAGACACUCAGUAUUUAACAACUGAACAGGGAGAUGAAGACCAGAAUGACAACUCGCAGGGAAAAAAGAAACGGAAGCUAACGAACUGGAGCUAGAAGAGAUAGCUGACUGUGAAUGAAAAGAUUGGCAUGUGUGGCUCAAAUGAAUGAUUAUGUAGACCAAAAUACAUGCAAAGAUAAUCGA